UUUGUGUUACAGGAAAAUGUAAAUAAAAGGUCGAUAAUGACAUAUAAAAUUAUUAAAGAGAGUCUCGUAAACUGCGGGAUCUGUACGAGAUGUAAAUAAUGGCGGACUUGUCAGAAAGUUUUCAUUGGUAACAGUUUGAUUAAUGAAUGAAACUAUUAGUAUGCAAUUAUUGACAUUCAUCUGAACGGAAUGUAUUAAGGCAUUGACAAUAUAUCAUGGUCAAGAAGAAACAAAAGACUCCUAAAAAGCAAAGACGACGAGUCAAUUCUAUUCAUGAUGAAGACCUACAAGUAGAAACAGGCUUGCCGCCUCAGGUUGAGGGUCAGUUGAGGUGUUUCUGUCGAGUCUCAGUCACCCAGAUCACGUGGGAUGUUCCAAAUACACCCCCUGAUACCUCUGUUGCCUUGAAAUGGUGGGGAGAGCCAGGCAGUGGGAUUCUAUUCAGACCUGUAGACCACAGAAAGAAAAACCCAGGCCCUGCUAAAACCACAGCACGGUUCCCUGUACGGUCGGGUCCUAAGCAGUUUACCGCUUACUUGGCUGAUAUGGCAAGCCUUGUACUGGAAGUUCUUGGUGGGCCCAUGCAUGUCCCAGUAGGAACAGUGGAAGUACCAAACAUCGACCAGCUCUCUCCACAUAAUCCCAUUAAUGGGCUGUACCCUAUAAUAUCGCCUACAGAGGAGCGCAUCGGGGAAUUACAUGUGGCAAUGGUCAUUGAAUCACUAAUGGCAUCCUAUGACAGUACAGGCUCCAUUCCGACCACAGAUAUAAGCAUGGAGACACAUGUGACCCAGGAGUCCACGGUGCCCAAACAGUCGCGGCCCGUACCUCACGCUGAUCAGCCCAGGAAGCCUGUGGACGACCCCUUCAUAUCACCCGCUUCACAUCAGAAUACUGAAUCACGUGUGACAAAUGGUUACACGGAGGAUCUUCGCCAGCAUCUGAGAUAUGAAUCUGACCCAGUGGAGCGUGAAUACCGAUCCAUAAAUGAUGGAGGUUCCGUCGCUAUAACAACCAAUGGUGACAUCAUACGCACCAACUACAGCAAUAACCUGCAGGCAAAUAAAGAAAAUAUUCCCAAGGCCCAGGGUGUUUCUAAGCCAGCCAACAGUGACCUCCUGUCAGUGCUCUUAGACCGCGGAAACAAGCUGCGGGAACAGAUGAUAGUCUCCUCGCUACAAAACAAAUCCAAGGGAGCUAAUCCAGACCCGACAGUGUCACAUGAUGUACCAGCCGGAGUACCACAGCAUAAACCAGCAAAUGUGUCUAGAAGAAGUAUGGAUGGUAGUUUUCUUCAAGACAUCCUUCGUGCAGAUAGACUCUAUGGGGCUGAUGAAAGCAACAUGGAAGAUGCAGCAGUGGAUUUAGUCUUUGGCGGACAUCUUAUAGAUGAUAUACGGCUUUUAAAGAACCAUCAUGGCAGCCCAACGCAGAGUAUCUCUGGAGAUGACGAUAUAAUCAGCGACACUGAAGACCCGAUACACAGCGAGUCUAUCCUCCAGGAGCUUUUCUACAAGAAUCCAGACUCGGACGACAAUCUCUCGGACAUCAGUAGUCACGAAACUCAUGUAAAGAAGCAUAGGGACCUUGAGAAUGAAUCCAAUAUGAGACCCCCAUCUCGAUCCUCAUCCGUCUCAAGCCUUAAUCUUGCCUUCCCUCCGGAACCAGAGCCAAAGAAGGUGCGAACCCCAAAACGCAAGUCGAGGGGAAAAAUACGGCGGAAAGGCAGCAAGCGGAGGAAGGGGUCCAAGUCUAGAUCAGGGGCUAGUGCCAGCGAGUGUAGUGAUAGUGACGUGCGCAGUACGGCCAGUACUCCGAGGUCAGAGUCUUCUAGGGUUUCAUUCGACAUGGGGCCAUCAGACAUUGACGAGCCCCCUACAAAAGACAUUCCAUCCAAACACAAACAGUACCACACUGUAGACGGCCUGAGUGUUGAAAGGCUCACACUGCUUGGCCGUGUACACGUUGCCAGGGUAACCAUCGACUCGCUGGAGCUCACCAACCAAGAGAACUCGUUUUCGAAACCCAAGCUGAAGUCCAAGUUUGGUGUGCGACCUCCGAAACCCUCUCCAAAGGGAAAGAAGUCAUGUACAUUUUUCAUUGAAUACCAGUUCCCAGUGGUUGCGACCUCACGAGACAAAUACUCACCCAAUGCCAUGGCUACAGAGGUCAUGAGGGUCGUAUCGAGAAACGUUAAAAAUGAAGUGGUGACGUUCAACCAUAGAUCUGUGUUUCCAGUUAUGUUUGAUGGCACUGCAGUGGAGAAAUGGUGGAAAUCAGCUCUUGUUUUCAAAGUCUAUUCACGCAAAGCAGGGCAAAAAGUGCCUGCAUUGAUAGGCAGCUGUGGAAUUCCACUAAAGUCAAUUCUGAAAUCUGAGAGCCUGCAUGUUUCCAAGGAUAUGGAAGUUAGAAGUUCUGAGAAAUCCACUGACAACUCUAUGAACACAUCAAAACUUGCUUCUGACUCUACUCUUGGUGCUUUAAAGGUGGUCAUUGAGCUUGCCUCUGACAGUAAGGAGUUUCCCACGCAGCUCGCGCGCACAAAGCUAGCAGAACUCACGGGGAAGGCCAAGAUCGUCCCCAUCGCUCAAGCCCCACCCCCAGUCUCAGCCCCAACUGCUCCUAAACCACCGCCCGCGCCCAUGUAUCAACAACAAUCUAGCUCUGGGGAACCAGGGCGCAGUGCCCCCAGGGGAAUUGAAGGGAGAAGUAUCUCUCGCUCCCCUGCUCGCCAUUCCAAAUCACCCACGAGACAGCGAUCCGAGCCUAGGAAGCUAUCUGCCCCGCCCCCAGUGGCCGUGCAAAACUAUGAUGUGGAACAUGUGGUUACACAUUACCAUAAUCCCAUAUUGGAGCAACAGCAAGGGGAGGUGAUGACACUGCAUGCCCUGCUGUUGAUACCAGAUGGGAAGAACAUCACAAUGCAGGGGGUGCCAUCUCUGGCUGCAGCCAAGAGGCACCCGGUCUUCUCGCAGCCCUCCGCCCACACUGCACCUGGUGUUAGAGCCCGAGACAUGAGUGUGAGGAACUGUUACCUUGUGUGUCGAAUGUUCUGGUGCGAUGAAGCCGUUCAUAGCUCCGUCUGCUGGGGCACUGGCGAGCCUCAGUUUAGAUUUCAGCAGAUUGCGCCUGUGCUGAUGUCACAGUCACUACUGGAGCGCUUGAAGAACAACUUCAUGAUCAUCGAGGUCUGGGACAAGAAAACAUCGGCAGAUAAUGAUAAGCUGGUGGGCAUUGUAAAACUAAGUCUUCACCAGUUCUACAUGUCAUUUCGUGACAAGAGGAUUUCUUCUGCACUGCUGAAGUCCCAGUACCCUGUGAUAGCUGUGGAGAACUACCUGCCUGUGGUGGACGUAUUCAGUGGCUCCCAGUAUGGUCAGAUCAACGUCCUGCUGGCCAUGGGAUCCGCUGAACAGGUUGCCCAUCUUGUUCGAAUGAAGACAGAGGGAGUGCCAGGCACAUCAAUACCAGAAAGACCGCAGCAUUUUCUUGAAAGACAAGAUUUGCUACACCAAGGAGAAACAGUGCCUGCACAGAUAGGAACAGAAGCUGUCGUGGAGCACAUAUUUGAGAUAGUGAUUGAAGGUGUGCGGGGCCUGACGAUGGAGGACAUGAUCUGGGGAGAGGCGGACUGUUUUGUGCAGUAUCAUUUCCCUGCCCAGCAGCAGACAGCGCCCCCUGGGGCCCCGGUUAUCAGGCAUGCUGUCCCUACAAUGAAAGCAUUCCGGACUGCCACAACACUGUGUAUAGCCGACCCUACAUUCCACGACGUUACUCGACAUAGGAUUCUGUUGCCACAAGGAACCCCCGUGCAGAGAGAACUACUCACAGCAUGUGGGAACUCAGGCAGUGGGGGCGGUGGUCUGCCCUUUGAGCUGUGGUGCCGAUACUACCAUCCUAAUGUGAGGGACCAGUGUAUGGCUAAGGCCAAUUUGCCGCUGGCCAAGCUGUGUGCCAUGGUGACAAUGCAGAAGAGAGGCGAGCCCUCCGUACAGACGUUCUCCUUCCCCCUGCAACACGUGGGUGGUGGUGGUAGCCCUGGUAACGAGAGGCAGAAUGCAGGCCUCAUUGAUGUCACCAUUCACUACAAGAAUCAGGCUGUUCAGUCUGAGACAGGGGUGGCAGCUGCUAAUAAGAACCUGUCAGGUGCCCAGGUGUGUGUCUCGGUUGGAGUGCUCAGAGCAUGCGGUCUCAAGGCAGCUGCUGAGAUUGCUGCCUCUCACGACCAGGGCAUGCAAUACCCGGCUGAAGUGGGUGUUAACACUUAUAUCAGGGUCAAGCUGACCUUCCUGGGGUCGGAAGGGGAGAGAAUCACGCGAACUGUGGCCCGGUCGUUCGCCCCGGAGUUCUCUCACUUCAUGGACUUCCCUUGCCCUCUGUUGUGGACAGAGGCAAACUCGGAUGCGAUGUGCUUGGCAGAGCUGCUGGAGACGGCGGAGGCUUCGUUUGAGGUGUGGCACCAGGUGCCCGGAAUGUCCCCUGAGCUGGAUCGGGAAUUAAAUGCUCUAAUGGCAGAAGGCACUGUUAAAGGAAGAAACCUAGUGGAGAAAACAGGGGACGUUUUACUGGGCACUACUACCCUGCCACUGGUUAUGCUGCUCUCAAACAGGACUGGAAUAAAUGGCUGGUUCCCAAUCAAGAUUCCUGUAUCAGCAUGGAACCAGUCAGACAAUGAUAGGGAACCAGACGAAGUUAGACCGGGCACCAGCGGGCUGUCAAGAGUGGGUGGGGGACUGGAGAUAUCAGUGAAGUUUGCCCACCACGAGGACAGGGAACGUGUGAUACACGCAGCUCGGGGUGUGGGAUGGUCGCCAGUGGAUCUUGAUGUAGAACAGGAUGAUUGGGAGAGCGAAGAUGAGGAUAGCAACCGGUAUCACCAUGUGAGCAUCACCAUCGACCAAGUGAGCUUCCCUCUACAGAAUGCACUGAUUGCAGGCCAGAACACACUUGACAAGACAGCACAGUGUUACGUGCGGUACAAGUUCUAUGACAAAGCUGCAGUGAUGUCCAAGUUCUGUCCAGUGUCGGUCACUAGCGAUGGCUACAUCACCGCUCAGCCCAAGAACAGACACGAUCUGCAGAUACCUGACAGCUCCAUGUUCAGAUGGUACCUGAGAGAGGAGCGCCUAGAGGUACAGCUCUGGGUGACCUACGGGGCCCGCCAAGGGGACACUGAGAGGCCCCGACACAGGGACAAGCUCAUUGGCACUGCCUAUGUUGCCAUGGAGACACUGGGGGACCAGCGCAGGAAACAGCACAGGGUCAGCGGGAUGUUUCCAUUGUUCAAGCCUGGUGCUUGCAGCCUAGGUGGGGGCUACAUUCGAGCGCACAUCACCACUAAGCCACAGUUUGGAAGGAAACAACAGUCAGAGGGCCAGGAAGGGCUCAUAACCCUGGAUGGAGAGGAUAUUGAUGUGGACUACGAUCCAGACGACAGCUUCCACCAGAUUGUCAGCAGAAAACCAUCUCGACCCAGCUCUCCUGCUAAGGAAGUCAAAAAAGGUGCGGAGGUAACAACUAUGGAGGAGAGUGAGGAAAAGGAGACAACUCCAACAUUUACUGCUGUCGUUCAAGUUGAGAGAGCUCUUCAUCUGCCGCAUAUGCAUGAUAAACUAAAGGGAGAGGACUACCUCCCCAACACAUACGUGUCCUACCCGACUGCUGAGAGCGCUAUCCAGUCAUAUACGAGCAUUUUCCACGGGGCAGACAACCCAGUGUGGGACCACGAACACGAGACUUGCCUCUCCACAGAGAUGUUGACCCAGGAGAACAAGCACCUUGUGUUUAAAGUGUGGCACAAACCUGACGGGGCACCAAAAAGUCCUGACAAACUGACAGAUCGAGUGCUGGGUUUUGUGUCGGUGGAUCUGACACCCCUCGCCAGCGGUCUGCAGCAGAUAUCAGGCUGGUACAACAUCAUGGACUUUAAUGGGCAAAUCAAGGGACAAAUUAAGAUCAACAUCUUACCUCAAGAAACUGUGAUACCCAGUAGCCAGUGUGCUACCACAUCGGGGACCAAUAUGGAAUCAGUCAGCUCAGGUUUCCUGUCCCUUCCAGCCUGGAGUGCCCAGUCUGUGCCGUAUGCCGCCCAUGGACCCCUGUCCCUACCUGUAUUUGACCUGCCGCACUUUGACCAACACUACCAGCAGGUGAGGCAACACCAUGAGAUGCUGCAGCAGCAACUUCAGGAGCACAUUCAGCAGUUCCUACGGCAACAGGAGGAGUGUCAAGGUCAAGGUCAUGCUUCAGGGUCAAGGUCAAAUGAGAUCCCUGGUUCUAGGACUGUAUCAAUGGUGGCCCCAGGGAAACCGGACGUUCCAACAUCAGUUCCGGAUCCUUCUGAUUUCCGCCGGGAGCCAUCUAUGUAUCAGAGGGAGCCUUCUAUUCACUGGAGACCUAGUAUUCCUGAAAUGAGGCAGGAUGAUUCAUCUUCCAGAUCUUAUCUUUUCUCGUCUCUAAGGAAGCAAAUGCAAGACCUAGAUGAUAUAACCUACAAGCUGAAAACAAAACUGACAUGCCAGACGACAGACAGCAACCCACAGGCUAGUGGUCCCACCCGCUCCUCCGAGUUUGACUUCCCCACAACGACUCAAUCAAUCCAGUACCCACUUACCUCGACCCAAUCUGACUUCGGGUCGUUUGAUCUUCCAAGAAGCCAGCGGGAAACCCCUCGUGACGAACUCACCACCACCCUUGGGUCACAUGGUGAAGAAUCUUCCAGAACUCAGGGGGAUUCUGGUCAAAGAUCGGUUGAAUAUUCAGGGGAAAAGUUUCAUGACGAUUCUGCUCCAAUUUCACAGAGAAGUGCUAGGUCUAGCGAGCGUUUGGAUACACUGAGGUCAGGUGUAACCCCAAGGGACUUCCUGGAUAGUGGCAUUCCAAAUACGAACAAUAACUCAAAUACGGAAGAACCAGAACAAAAUAUGUGGUUAACCAUUUCUCCAAGAGAUUCGAAUGAAAAGGAUGAGUAUUCAGAAUCAGGAGGUUUUAAUUAUCGCCGAUCGCCAAGAGACGCAAUUCGUACGCCAAGGGAGUCUGUUCAAAUGCCUCGGGAACCUGUGACUACUCCAAGAGAUUUUGAUCAAGUGUUAACUCAGGACAUGGCACAGAACAUUCAACAUCAUAUUGACAAUGCUAGAAAACUUUUGCCGGAUGUUCAGGAUCAGAAACAGAUGAGCGUUAUUCAGGAGUAUUCGGAAAAUGACAGGAGUGAGAGUGAAUCUGAGGACGAAGCUGACAACAAGUACUAUCAUCGCUACAGAGAUUUGCUGGAUACUAAACAGAAUGAUUCAGACAAGGAGGAUGAAAAUGACGAUGAAGAUGAGGAGGUUGAGGAUGAGUAUGACGAGGGGGAUGUUGUAGUUCCCCGCAGGAUAAAUGACGUAUCGGGAAAGUUUUCACCGACAGGAGAGAUAGUCAUGUUAAGCGAGGACUUGGAAAUGUCCAUGCCAUUUAGGUCAGCGAAAAAUGCCCCGAGCAAGACCAGUAGUUCGCAGAAAAAACUGCAUCAUAAUGAUCCUGCAUCAUUACAGAAUAACCAGGUAGAAUCUCCCCGAGAUGAAAUACAAGAGGUUGAAUCAGACUCUGAACCUGAACCUAGGGCGAAUGAUUCAGUGCAUAUGACGGAUCAGGAACAAGUUGUGUUUGACGAGAGAGACAGCUGGUUAUCGGAUUCCGACAAAGAGGGGGAGAGCGUUGUAGGAUAUGGACAUCAUUUACGGAAUCAUGCUGGUCUAGCUAAGCAAAAGCAGCAGAGGCAGGAUUCCGAUACUGGUUAUAGUUCCCGUGAUAAUGUCUCUGAGAGUUAUCUUACUCCAAGUGCUCCUGGUACAAACUCUGAGACUGACAUGUCAAGACUUCAUGAACACGAACAUUGGUCAGAUCAUAGAGAUAGCGCAGAAGAGCAUGCGUUUAUCGACAGACGUAAGAAUAGGCUUCUUGCGAACGUCGAGCUUGAAUCGACUGGCGGAAGUUUUGGAAUAAGGACCCAGUCUGGACCAACAAGAAUUUCUUCGGCAGGGAGUAGAAAGUGUAGAAUUUCUUCUGAGCCUUCUGUAACUGAAUCUUUUGAUGAAAAAGAGGAGCAAGAUAAUGUGAAGCACAAAAUGGAGCCUAUAAAUUCUGAACACGAUAUCAACGAACCUCUAUCAGCUAGGACAAGAGAACUUGACGACUUCUUUAAAGCAGACGCAAAUCAAAAAAUGAAUGGUGAAAUCCAUAGAUCAAGGUCAGGGAGUGAAAGUUCUCGGGAUUAUUUUGUCGAGGAUGAAGAUAACAGCAAUUACCAAAGUGAUAAUGAACGGCCACGUGUCAAUCGCCAUGCUCAAAACCUUGCGAAGUCCAGUCAAAGUAAGGGGGGUAACUCUGGUGACAACUUUACGAAGGGUGUUGGUGGUUCAAAACCUAUGCCAAACUUUUUCAUGCCUGCUCACCAUUUGGAGGAAUCAAUGCAGACGUUGAAGAACUUCACAAAUAAGGACCCGUCCCAGGAGAGUGCCAAGGCUGCCGCCACCUCAGAGAUGCUGGCCAGACUCACAGCCAAGGAGAAAUUUUCCCAGUCCAACACCAAGGGAAGGCUCCCCACUGCUGAUGAGACGAAACGUAUCGCAAAAAUAUUUGGAGCGAAAUUCUCAUGAUGCAUUUAUAUUUUAGUUUAGAAUAAAGUUUUGGGUUAAAUCUUUAUAAUUUGAGUAAUGAUUGUGAAGGUUUACCUGGAAGGUAUCAAAAUGAUUUUUAAAGAAAUAAAACAAUUACCAGAAAUUUUAUUUAAAAAUUAACAUGUGAUUUAUUUGAAGUAUUUGUAGUAGCAGAUGGCGUACUAUCCAGUUCAAAAUAGUACAAAAUAAAGCUGAUUCAUGGUUAUCUCGGGAUGCUUCUUUUUGGAAUUAAAUACAUAUAACUGAAUGUUAUAAGGAUGAAUUAAGAUAUGAAAAACCUUGUUGUUUUUUUGUUCUAAUUAUAUUGUCUUUAUGCUUGGUAGUACUUUUUAUAAUUGAUUACCAGUAUAUUUAAUUAAAGGGGCCAUUUCACAGAUUUUGGCAUUUUUUUAACUUAUUCAUUAAAUGCUUUUUAUCGAUAAAUGUAAACAUUGGAUCGUAAAAGCUCCAGUAAAAAAUCAAGAAUAAAAUUAAAAAAAGGAAAAGAACAUUGCCCGGACCAGGUUUCGAACCAGUGACACCUGGAGUCCUGCCAGAGUCCUGAAGUAAAAACGCUUUAGCCUACUGAGCUAUUCCGCCGAGUACGCAUACUGAACGUAUUUUAUACGUUAUAUAAGCAAUCUUCGUAGUUUCACAAAAUUUAAUGACAAAAACAGAACUCUCCAAAUUAUUCAAUCGUUUCGCGUUGCAACGCUUUAUAAUUUUUAGGUUUUAAAAUCGUCAAAAGAUGCAUAUAAUGGCUCUAUUAGACCAUGGUAAAUGUUCAGUAUUACUGUUUCCUCACAAAUAUCAUAACUAAAACGAAAAUUUGCGAAUCUUAAACAACUUUUUUCAAUUUUGUCAAUUUACCAAAGCGUGAAAAGAUCCCUUUAACAGUUUGCUAACAUUCCAUAUUUGACAAUGUUUGUAGAUACAAUGUAGAUACAAAUUAGUGCCAAAUUGUUUGCUGAAGCUUGUUAGAGACGCUGUUGUUAUGGCUUUACAUGUAUACUAAUGUCCCAGAAAUAUGACUUAAAUUAGUUGCAUAUAACCCUAUUUAUUGAAUGUUGGGUCAGUUCUUUUGUUAAUUCAUGGUUGACUUAUUGUAAAUAAACCUGAUGUUUAUUCAUGGUUUACUUAAUGUAAAUAAACCUGAUAUUAAUUCUUGCUCAGCCUUGUAGGCGUCUAAAAAUGAUGAGUUUUAAUGUUUUGUUUGCUUUGUCCAUUUUUAACCAGGUUUUCCAAAGGAAAAAACUGGUUAUUAGAUUGGCGAAUGCGGGCGGGCUGGCGGGCUGGCGGGCGGGCGGAACAAGCUUGUCCGGGCCAUAACUAUGUCGUUCAUUGUCAGAUUUUAAAAUCAUUUGGCACAUUUGUUCACCAUCAUUGGACGGUGUGUCGCGCGAAAUAAUUACGUCGAUAUCUCCAAGGUCAAGGUCACACUUUGAGUUCAAAGGUCAAAAAUGGCCAUAAAAGAGCUUGUCCUGGCAAUAACUGUCAUUCAUUGUGAGAUUUUAAAAUCAUUUGGCACAUUUGUUCACCAUCAUGGGACGGUGUGUCGCACGAAAGAAUCACGUCAAUAUCUCCAAUGUCAAGGUCGCCACGACUAAAAAUAGAUUUAAAAAAAAAAAAAAACUUACAAAGGGGGUUAAUUUUGUUUGUUCAUUUCAAAAGUUCAGUUUGAGUUUUCUCCCUUUAUCAGAUUUUUUUUUCACAAUGAAAACCUGGUUUUGUGACAAUUUUGUCCCUUGUUAAGUUAAAAAAUGCUGUAUCCAUUUUGAUAUUAGUUUUGUUUUGAACUAAACUGCUAUGCAAGCUAUUUCCAUAACGGUCUGUUCAAAUAUCUUAUAAAUGUUUUGAACAAACUUGUAGGGCAUGGAAUAGGAUCUGUCGGAAACUGGGAUUCGAGUUUAUCAUUGAGAAAAUUGCAGCUAGAAAUAGUGCUAUAGCAUUUUGUUAAUUUGAUUAAAUAUGUUUCUGUAUAUGUAUGAAUGAAACUUGACUAAUUUCUGACUUAUUGCAAUUGCAUCACCGAAGACUUUUUAAAAUAUAUAAUUUUUUAUCAAGGUAGAAUAAUCUUUUGAAGAGGCCCUUUCAAUUGAGCAAAGUUGACAAGUUCAUUUUAUUAAUUCAUGUUUAAAUAAGUGUAUUAAGAAGGUCACUCAUUGAUUCAUACUAUGUACUUGUUAUCUUAUAAAGAAGGCUCAAUACACAAUUUUUAUUGGACAUCUUAUCUAUUCAAGGGGCCGUCCAACAGAUUGGUAAAUUGACAAAACUAAAAAAAAGUUGUUUCAGAUUCACAAAUUUUCGUUUUUGUUAAGAUAUUUUUGAGGAAAUAGUAAUACUAAACAUUUACCAUGCUCUUAAAUAUCCAUUAUAUGCUUCUUUUGACGAUUUGAAAACCUGAAAAUAUAAAGCCUCGUUUGACACAAAACGAUUGAAUAAUUUGGAAAGUUCUGUUGUUGAAGUUAUAUUUUGGGAAACUACGAGGAUUGCUUAUAUAGGUAAAAAAUACAUCCGCACUAUGCAUGAGCAUGGAUGGUCGAGUGGUCUAGGCGGGAGACUUUGCUCCAGGACUCAAGGGGUCAGUGGUUUGAGCUCUGUUGAGUGUUACUUUUUUCCUUUUUUAAAAUUGUAUUCUUGUUUUUUACUAAAGAUUUUUAGGUCAAAUGUUUAAAUUUAUCAAUAUAAAGCAUUUAAUGACAUGCUUCAAUACAUGCCAAAAUCUGUUGGACGGCCCCUUUAAGCAAACACUUUCAUUCUCUUAUUGGAAUUUAUGUAUUGGGUCAAUCUGUUGUUGUUGUGUUGUUUUUUCAACAAACUUUGUGUAGUAAUUGUAUUAUCAUCAUUUCAUCCUAUCACAAGCUUGUUUAUGUCAACAUGUUCAGAGCCAAUUUCACUGUGUUUGUCUUAUACCUUUGCCAGAAAAUUGUUGCAGCUCAUGAUAAGUGUGUUAUGUGUGUUUUGCAAACCACUUGGUCUGUACUCAUUCAGGAUAUAUAGUGGAAAAAAAAGAUUGAAACAAGAAAGUGGUUGGCACACUGUAUUUUGUUCUAGUCAUUGGUGUCUCUAUUUUGUUUAAUAUUGUUAGCUCAGCUGUUUUUCGGAGAAAACCCGAGGUAUUGUCAUAGCCAGCUCGUUGUGUUGUGUCGUGUCGUCCGCGUGGUGCUAAAACCUUAACAUUUUGUUGACCUUUUGAACAUUGGUUCUAAAAUGAAAGUGCCUCCACCUACAACAUUGAAACUUCAUAUGUAGCUGCACCUUGAUAACUUCUACACACCACACUUAUUUUUGGGUCACUAGGCCAAAGGUCAAGGUCACUGUAACCUCUAAAAAAAAAUAUUCUGACAAGCUUUCAUUUAUUCAAAACUGCACCCGCAGCCAAGCGUUGGCACCCGUUAUGUGGUGCUUUUGUCCUGUUUUAUAACUCAGAAUGUCUCCAUGAACUUCUUAUAGACCUUUUACCAGGUGAACUGAAGUGCUUCAUUUCUAAAUGAAAUUGCUAAACGUGUACAUAGAAAAAGAUCUGAAUUCACACCACUGAAAAAAAGUAAUUCUCUUUUUUUAAAUGCUUUACUGGAUAUCCGAUUUUAUUUAAUACAUCUGUAUGCUGUUAAAUAUGUUCCCUUCUUACGUUUUUUUUUGAGGAUCCUUAACGAAAUCUCUGUACACAUUGUAUUGAAAAGAAUGUGUCACAUUUUCUUAAAAGCGAAAGAUCUGGAGUAAUUGAAUCUGUAUUUCAUCCGCAUUGAACCUGUUUCAUUCAUACACAUUAGCUUGUAAUCUCAGGAUUAUAUUAGUAGCUGUGUCAAUUAUAUAUCCAUCUGAUUUCCCCACAGCUUACAUAAAGUUAAAUGUAAAUGUUGCAAUAGAAGGCAUAUGUUGUAUUGUUUCGCCAUUGUACUUGCAUUUAGUUGAGUAUUUUUUGGUGUACAAUAUCCUGUAAUUUUGAAUGUGAUAUUUACAAUAAAACACACAACCUUCCAUUUAGCUAAAGGAGUUUAAGUUGCUCAUUGGUUUUCAUUAAUAUUAGAUUUUUAUGCCCCCCGAAGGAGGGCAUAUAGUGAUCGCACUGUCCGCCUGUCUUUUCGUAACACUUUGCGUUUAGGUAUCGAAAAAUGCUCAUAACUUCUAUGUCACUUCAUAUGUAACAUUCAUAUUUGGUAUGCAUGUGUAUAUGGACAAGACCUUUCCAUAUGCACACAAAUUUUGAUCCCUUUGACCUUGACCUUAAACUUAGGGUCCGCGUUUAGGUUUCGAAAAGUGUUUAGGUUUCGAAAAAUGCUCAUAACUUCUAUCAAAGCGUUUAUUGGGGCAUAUGUCAUCUUACGGAGAUAGCUCUGGUUGUAUUUAUUUAAUUGUUAUCCAUGACAUUAGUUUUCUCAUCAUCACAUGCUAGAUUGGUGACCUGUUUCGUUGUUGACAUUUAUUACUUGCUCUGUACAACUUAUACUUUGAAUGUUUAAAGCAGUUUGAAAUAGUGAACUUACUUCAUGUUACACGCAUAUUACAUUAAGUAUUGUUCUUAUUUUUGACAUUUUGUUAUUUAUAAUCAGUUUGGGUAUUUAUAAGUUUAUGACAACAUUUUUAAGUAUAUUCUAUAGUUCUAGGGUAGCUACCGGUAUAUAAUCCGUCCAGUAAUGAAUUGUAGGAUUUACUAGAAAAGUAGAAACACACAUGAUGAAUGCAACAUUAAAAGCAUGAAAUUCAUGUGUAUUUUAGCAGUUAUUAUAAUAUCUUCAUUACAUGAAGAUUUUUUCUUUGGAGAGUAAUAAUUUACACUAAAAAAAAAGCCCCAUAUCCUCAAACAAUAAUUCCAUGCAUUUUAAAUUGACCUCAGUUUGAAAAACAUGAUAUUGUUUUACUGUAAUCAAUUUUGUUUAAAAGAAAUGCACUCAAUAAUGUUUAUGUUUGAUUUAGCACUUGAUGCAACGAAAUAUAAAUACUGAAAUCUCGCUUGGUACAAAAGGUCGUGUACAAUUUGAGCCAAUUUUGUUGUAAGUCUUUUUGUCUGUAAAUUCAGGUACCUAUAGGUCCUUGGUAAAUUGUACAUAAACCAUGUGAAUAGAUCUGUAGUAUACAAACUUAUUUAUACCAUACUGUACAAUAAUAUUUAUACUUGACAAAUAAAAGAUAUUUUCAUA